CAAGUCACGAUGUUCAGAAAUCAUCCAACCGUCGACGCGAUCGGGUGUGCCCUGUCCAUAUACCGCUAUAUCUUUAUUCAAAUAAUUAUAAACCCCUGAAGUUUCGUGAUUCGUUCUUCUAACUUCUUGCACUUGGAACCUGCCUGCAUUUCGAGUGUUGAUUGCUUGUGUUUUUGUUUACCUAUCCCAAGUGGCAAUAGAGUAAAUUUCCUGUUGCCUCCAUAAACAAAGGGAAAUGCACAGAGGAAGUGAACCCAACUAAACGGAAAUAAUUAAUGAAAAUGAAUUAAAGAAAAAUUAAAUAAAUAAAUAUUGCAAUAAAUCUGUGCCGCUGGAGUUUUAGUAACGGGGUCCCCGACGUUGCGGUUCCAAACAAUCGAUCGACUUACCAUCAAUUGACAUCAUUGAUUUAUGCUUCGAGUGUAAAUAAUUCGCACAAUACAAUAAACACCAAAUUGAGGCUUCGACUUCGGCUUUGGCUUUGACUUUCCUCCCCCCUUGGCUGGAAACGAAAACAAAGACAACAAACCAAUAACCAAUCAAAUGCAAUGAAAUGAAAUGUUGCCAUCGAUUUGCUGUGCACAUUGCCAUUGUUUAGAGUUUUAAACUGGAAUCCGUACUUAAAGUUGACCUAAAACUGCAUCCGAUUUAAAACUGUAUAGCUUUUCCCCAUUAUGGACACCGGAAGUGUGGUUAGCGAACCAAUUUCCGCGCAUCAUCGCGCCUUUGCCAAACAGAAAUCCGCCUCCAUGACCAUUCUCAAUCCGAAGGGUUGUGGCAAUGCCGCCAAGUACAGUCUGCACUCGACGGCGGAGACAACGAACCAGGAGACCACCAGCACACCUAGUACCUGCUCCACCACGGGAAGAAGGCGCAAAGGUGGCUCUCUGGGCGGCACUCUCUCCUCGCGUUCCACGCGCAGCGAAUCAAAGGAGCUGCGUUCGGCUCUACAGGAUCGAGAGGCAGUCAUCCAGAAUCUGCGCAUUCAGCUGUGUUUAGGGAAGUUGCCCAGGCCCACGGGACCACCUUUGGAUGAAUCCGAAAAGCCGGCAGCAGAGCAGAAACUGAAUCGACUGAAGGCCGAGGCGGAGAACAAGCGCAUCAAGAUCAAGAAUCUGAAGAGUGCCCUGGAGAAGCUGGAUAUAACAGACAACAUAGACAUCCGCAUCCGCCAGGCUGAACUGGAAUAUGCCCUGGGCAGGGAGGAGCUGCAAAUGCUAUCCAUUGUGGAGGAGGCUCGUGCCUUGCAGGCACGCCUGGAAAAGUCCAAGCCGGAGGCCCAAACGCUAUACAACAUCAUCAGCUCGGGAGUUUCCCUCAGCCUGCAUGCUGUUCAUGCCACCUCGGGCAGAUGGGCAGCCCAGCAGAGAACGGAUCAACCCGGUUUCUAUGUGGAAUGGGCCCUCGAAGGCGAUGGCCUAUACAAGGGUGAUCGCAUUCUGGAAAUCAACGGACGCCUGGUCACUGGUAAAUCCAAGGAGGAGCUCCAGAAGCAAGUGGGUAGCUCGGGCAAGUGCCAGAUGGUUGUGCUGCGCAAGAAAUCGGUGCCCAUACCGCAGAAGCAACUCGACCAGGAGAAGGAGAACAACACAAGGCUGCAGCAUCGCAUCUCCUAUUUGGAGGAGCAGGUGCGCGAGCUGCAGACGGUCAAGGAACACCACUCUCCAAAGCAGCAGCAUUCGGAACAGAUGCAUCAUCAGCAAGCCUCAUCGAAUCAGUCCCAGCAUGUGACCAGCAUCAGCAUCUCGUCACCACCAUCGACGCCGCCAGAGAAGCCGCUGAUCUUUCAGCGGGGUAACUACAUUACCACCUUGGUGGGUGGCAAACCCAUUGAGCUGAUGGGCGAUGACGUGGGGCAGACGCCACCGCCAGGUCAUGUGACCAAGACGCUGAUCAAGGAGAACACCCACAUCGAUCUGAGGGAACGACUGCCUCAUAUGUACUCCAUGCCCUCCAAGUCCCUGUCCGCCUCGAAGAUCUCCAUAAACAGCGACUCGGCCUACAUGCAGCACCAUCGCAGGGAGAAGGAGCGGCACAGGGAUCGUCAGCAUAGGGAUCGUCCUAGGGAUCCUCUCCAGCAGCAGCAGCAGUUGCAUCGCGAGCAUCUGAUGAGCGCGCAUGCACGCAGUGUGGAACAUCUCAACCAAUAUAAUGGACUGAACACUCGCCGGGAGACACCACGUCAAAGCGAGGCUCAUACCCUGAGAGCCCGCCUGCCCAGCGACAUGAGGAGUGUCAAGUCCUUGGACUUUGAUAGCGAAAACGAAUCAAAGCCACCCACAGAGGCACGCACCACUCGACCCACUCCGCCCAAGAAACCCCUACGCCUGUCCCUCCAAAGAGCUCAGAGUUUGCAGACUGUGGAGCUGCAUCCUUGUACGGAUCUCGAGAGGAAGCGACCCAUGAAGCGGGUUCAUCACAACAAUAAUAAUAAUAGCAAGAGUGGAGUAUCCCCGACGGAUGAGGGCCACACUAUGCUCAUCGAGAACUGCAGCCCCAUGCACACAGCUUCCCUGGGCAGGCACAAGCUGAUCUAGAGAGACUCAAACCAACUUAGCUUUAAGGAAACUAGCUUAACUCGACCCUCUAAAGGUCGAACCAAAAAACAGGCGGACAUGUGCAAAAUUAUUAUUAAUUAAACUAUAAAUACUUUUAGAAAACUCCCUCUUUAGAGGGGAAUGUACUCUAUAUAAAGUAGUUUAAAGUUUACUGUACUUACAUUCUGUUAUUUAUAAGUAGGGCUUGGCUAUUGUCUUUUAGUUUUGACAAAAAAUAUCAAUAAUCAAGAGAUUAUUGUAAUAGUUAUUGUAAUAAUUGUAUGAUGACUAUAUUAGCACAAUUUUUAUCACUGUGAAUACACGAAUAUAUGUAUUUCAUUUA